AUUGUUUUGCUUAUUGGAAUUAUGUGGUGUAAUAAUAUAAUAUUUAUACGGAUAUUUCGAAGAAAUUCAUAAAAGAAUUCGAAACAUUGAUUAGAUUUCAACGUGGAUUCUAGUGCCGUUUCGAGCGAACGAUCACUCGGUUGGUUACGUAGAUUCCACUUGGAUGAUCCACGUGAAAAGAAUGUAGAUUCCACAAACCUGUUCUCAUCGGGUUACCCCACCUCUUCCACCAAACGGAGUGCUAAGGACAGUUAGGACAGAAGACGCCGGACACUUUUAUGUGAAUAAAACCUCUGACGACGCGAUCAGUGCUCAAAACCAGUGCUCAAUAAUUGUAGCGGUGUAAUCUCUUAUUCACGCGAAAUGGAAUCCGCGAUCGACGAGACCGAAGUGCAACAGACAUCAUUGCAGCAAAAUAAACCUGAAAUGAAUACGGAUUUGCAUACAACUGCAAAAGCAUCCCAAUCUGAUGCUUCACCAUUUCUACCUAAGUUGGAGCAAGAAUGUUUACCCACUGCAGCUAUGCCAGUACAUAAAGAUGCAAACUGCUAUAAUAUGAAUCACAAAAAUCGUGGCAAAUGCAUAAUCUUCAAUCAUGAGAAAUUUGAUUCACCCAAGUUUCCUGAACGAGAAGGUUCGGCAAUAGACGCGUCAAGACUAGAAACAACUUUUCAGUAUCUCAACUUUGACGUUAAAAUACAUACAGAUUUGACAAAAAAUCAAAUUACGGAUGUUAUUGAAGAAGUAAGUCAACUAGAUCAUACGGAUAAUGAUUGUCUUUGUAUCAUCGUUCUAACUCACGGAUUGGACGACGACAGACUAGUCGCAAAGGAUACCGAAUACAAAUUUGAUGAGCUUUGGAAGCCUUUCACUGCCGAUAAAUGUGUUACACUUGCGGGCAAACCUAAGCUAUUCUUCAUCCAGGCUUGCAGAGGUAAAAAAGCCGAUAGAGGCGUUUUAUUGAAGAAUUGCAUGGUAGUCGCAGUGCAACAAAGCGGACGAUUGCCAUUCCAAAAGGAUACAGUACUUUGUUAUGCUAUUCCAACUCACGCAGAUUUUUUGUUAGCUCAAAGCACAGUCCAAGGUUUCUCUGCCUGGAGGGAUCCAUUAAAAGGCACAUGGUACAUACAAUGCUUAUGCGACGUUUUGGAUGAAUAUGGAACAGAGAUGGAUUUAAUGAGCAUGCUGACUAUAACAGCGCGAAAGGUUGCUACGGACUUUGCUUCCGUUCAUGUCGAUGAUGAUUUGCAUAACAAGAAGCAGAUACCAUCAGUGACGUCAAUGCUAACUAGAUUGGUUUACUUCCCACAAAAAUCAGUGACUAACUCGGGAAAAAGUUACUGUAGGCUUUUGUAGUGGUUUCGUGUAAAGGAACGGACAAUCUUUAUGUAUUCAAUAGAUUUAUUUAACACUACUGAAAUGAACAAAUAAACGUGAGGACUUAUUAUUAUAAACAGGAGAUAAUGAUUAGGAAAAAUAACUGAAUGUAACUUGAAAGGACUCAAUGCAAACAACGGACAUAUUUUAUCUUUAGCUCUCUAGCUAACUGCCUCUCUUGGAUAGAUCCACGCUGAUAAUCGAGCAUCGAUUAUUGACAUCGAUCAGUAUAUACUGCAGUAUCAACUGCAAAUAUUACUAGAUAUCCUAAGGGCCACUCGCACCAACGCCGAUUAACUUAAUCGCCAAUUAACUUAAAUUUUUCUAUCGGAAUUAACCAAUCGCAUUUGUCGUUAAGUAAAAUUGACCAAUCACGGUUGAUACUUAAUCGGCGAUUAGUUAAUCGGCGUUGGUGCAAGUGGCCCUAACAGUAAACAAAUAACAGAGAUCUUCUAUUAGAUGUCUAUUAGAUGUCAUCGACAUCAAAUUGAUUUGUUAUAUUCUCCCUUGAAGAUGAGCACAAAUUCAUUUUGGAUUACAAACUGCAAAACAUUUUCUAAAAUUAGGAAAUGUAAAUUUUGGUGUACGCGGAUAACAUUGCACUAAUGACAAAUAAUGGCAAAGCAUUGUUAGAUAUAAUAGGAACUUUUAAGAAAUUUUUGAAAUAUAGGAAAAUUUGAAGUUAUGCACAGACAAAACUAUAAUAAGAUGCUGGUAUUCAAUUGGAAAGAAAAAGAAAGCAAAGGAAAGUGGACUUCAAAUUCCAAAAAAGACAGCGUGUUAAAAUGUACAGAAAAAAAUAUAAUUUUGUUUUAAGAAUGUAUGGUA